AUGUCGUCCGAACUGGAGAAGGAAGUGCCAAUCGAGGGCCUGAACGAGACCGACACUGCUGCUGCUACUACAGGUCCACAGAGCACGCCCGAGCAGGACACGGAGAAAUCGUCGCUCGAACAUGCUCCAAAUAAUGAGGCUCCAAAGGCCCCCUACAACCCUUGGAUGGACCCGGCCUCGUUUCCGGACGGUGGACUGCGAGCUUGGCUCACCGUGGCGGGGGCGGCGGCUUGUUUCUUCGUUUCUUGGGGAUGGAUCAACUGUAUCGGCGUGUUCCAAGACUACUACAUGCGAGCUGAACUCAGUCAGUAUUCGCCGUCGACGGUGGCGUGGAUUCCGGCGUUGGAGACCUUCUUCAUGCUCGCCACGGGCCCGGUGGCCGGCUACAUCUUCGACAACCACGGUCCCCGAUACCUCCUCCUUGUCGGCACCUUCAUGCACGUGUUCGGGCUGAUGAUGGCAUCCAUCUCCAAGGAAUACUACCAGUUCCUCCUCAGCCAGGGCGUCUGCUCGGCCAUCGGCGCCUGCUUCAUUUUCAACCCGGCCAUGGCCUGCGUCUCCACCUGGUUCUUCAAGAAACGCGGCAUGGCCAUCGGCCUGGCCGCCUCCGGCAGCUCUUUGGGCGGAGUCCUGUUUCCCAUCAUCGUCAGCCGCAUGAUCGACGAAACGGGCUUUCCGUGGGCCAUGCGGACCUGCGCAUUCCUGAUCUUGGGUCUGUGCAUCUUCGCCAACCUGACUCUCCGCUCCCGCAUCCCCCCCGGCAAACGGCCAUUCAGUCUCGCGGCCUUUGUGCGUCCCUUCAGCGAAAUGCCCAUGAUCCUGACCACCUUGGCGGUAUUCUUCUUCUAUUGGGGUAUGUUUCCUGUUUUUUCGUUCAUCACAACUGUCGCCAGCGGCCGCCACAUGUCCAUCGGGCUGGCGCAGUAUCUUGUGUCUAUCCUGAACGCCGCCUCCAUCUUUGGCCGCACCCUCCCGGGCAUUCUCGGUGACAAGGUCGGCCGGUUCAACGUCAUGACCGUCUUCUGCACCCUCACCACCAUCUUCAUCCUCGCCCUCUGGAUUCCCGCCAAAUCCAACGCCGGUCAGAUCGUCUUCGCCCCGCUGUUUGGCUUCAGUUCCGGCGCUGCCAUCGGCCUGACCCCGGCCCUGAUAGCUGAGAUCUCCCCGAUCCGAGAGAUCGGCGUCCGUACCGGUGUUGUCUUCGCCGCCGGCUCCAUCGGCGCCUUGACCGGCAGUCCCAUCGGCGGCGCCUUGAUCAGCCGCGACCACGGUGGUUUCCUGUACCUGCAGCUCUUUAGCGGUUGCACCUGUGCGGUGGGAUGUGUUUUGUUUCUGGUUUCCAGGCUGUACAUUGGGGGUCCCAGCCUGAUGAAAAAGGUCUGA